AUGAGAGAUAUAUGGGGUAAGUUUCCAUUUGCAUUCGAGUUUCACAUUUACAUGUUUAAUGUAACGAAUCCUUACGGAAUUGAAUCUGGAGAGAAACCAGUGGUUCAAGAAGUUGGACCUUUCGUUUACGACAAAUGGCAUGAGAAAGUAAAUCAGAUCGAUGAGGAAGAUGAUGACACCGUAUCAUACGCCACUAAGAGCAUGUACUAUUUUAAUAAGGAUAAAAGCAAUGGUCUCAGUGACGAAAUGGAAAUUGUAAUUCCUCAUUUUUUUAUUUUUGCUUUGAUCAAUGCAGUUCAUCGAGAUAAGCCUAGCGCACUACCUGUUUUAAGUAAAGCAAUUGAUAGCAUAUUCGGAAAACCAGAGAAUCUAUUUAUAAAAACGAAAGUUAGGAAUAUAUUAUUCGAUGGCCUCCUCGUCGAUUGUAAUGUGCAAGAUUUCGCAGGCUCAGCAGUUUGUACUCAGAUCAAAAUUUAUCGCGAAACACUUGACAUUCAACUGGUGGGGGAAAAUCUAUACUCCGCGUCCAUAGUAAGACCGGCAAAUGGCACUGAGUCGAAGGCGCGAACACGCGUCCAUCGAGGCAUAAAAAAUAUAAUGGACGUAGGUAAGGUUAUAGAGUACAAUAACAAUCGGAAUAUCUCGGUUUGGGAUGACGAGUACUGCGAUACGUUUAAUGGGACCGACGGUACUGUUUUCCAUCCUCAUUUCGAUAGAAAGGGAAGAGACGACGUCGUUGUUUUCAAUCCGAAUCUUUGUCGGAGUAUAAGCUGUCAUUUUGAAUCGAAAACUACGUUUUCCAAUAUGAACUUACUUCGAUAUACCACUGAUUUAGGUAUUGAUAGUGAAAAUAAUCCUCGACAGAAAUGUUAUUGUCAGCCGCCAAAUAAAUGUCUAAAGAAAGGAACAUUUGAUACAUAUAAAUGUAAUAAAUCACCAAUAAUUGUUACGAAUCCUCACUUUUUCUUGGCCGAUCCUUACUACAAAGAUUUAAUAGACGGCAUGAAACCUGAUAAGGAAAAGCACAUGAUAAUUAUCGAUAUAGAUCCAUUUACCGGUAUACCGAUAAAUGUGCAUACACGAGCACAAUUAAAUAUCUUAGUCAACAAAGUGGAAAAAAUGAAACAAUUGAAUAAUUAUCGUGAGGCAUUGCUACCGAUUUUCUGGAUGGAUGAGGUCAUGAUUAUGCCAGAAUAUCUUUUAAAAGAAAUCAAAUCCGGACAUACGAUGGUUUUGUUAUCCAAAAUAUUUAAGUACUUCGUAAUGUUAAGUGGAUUGGGAAUGUGCGGAUUCGCAGGAAUUAAACAGUACAUAUUGCGUAAUAAAAAGAAAAUUCUUAAUGUUAUGCACGCCGGUGAGCAGAAAUUCAAUAAAAAUUUUAAUAAUGCCGAGAUGAAAACGAACAUUAAUACAAUGUCACCUGCUGUAGCUACGCUACCAGUAAAUAUUCAUUAA